ACUCAACCAUCUAUUCGUACUAUUUUGACAAUGGCUGUUGUAGAAAAAUUGUUUCGCGCUGGUUUGGCGUUGGUCAUUUUGUGCUUUUACACAGUUCAAGCAAUUAAAGAUGUUAACAUCAAAGAACUAAACUGUGAUUAUAACAGCGAACGCGUAAACAACGUUACUUGUAAAAUUCUCGAAACAGGCGUAAGGCGUCAUAUGGACUUCUCAGUGACACUUUUGAAGGAUGUAGUCGACGUGAUCGCUCAUGUGGAGAUUAUCAAAAAUGAUGGGGGCCGACUUAUUCCUCUGGUGAAUAUAACUGACGACUUUUGCAAAUUCAUGGCAGGUUCAUCAUCCAGCUUCUAUUUGGACCUUUUGAUGAAAAUGCUCCGAGACCAGAGCAAUAUCAACCAUGCAUGUCCAUACAAGGGCUAUUUGUAUGCUACUGGAAUCAACCCGGAUCCACAAUUAAUUCCGUCAGGAAUCCCAGUUGGAGAAUACAUUUUCAACAUACGACUGUAUGAAUACAAGCCCGAAAAUUUCUUAGGGAAGAUUAAGGCAGUUGUAGACUUCCUAUGAGGCAAUCAAACUGAAUAGUGUUGCUGUAGCUUGUAUUCGAAUUAA